UUUGUACUUCAGGGGUUUGGUAACGUAGGCUCAUGGGCUGCAAAACUCAUUCAUGAGUGUGGUGGAAAGGUCAUUGCCAUAUGUGAUGUGUCUGGAGCAAUAGAAAAUCCAAACGGCAUAAAUAUCGAAGAAUUACAGAAGCACAUAGCUUCUGGUGGUAAUUUAAAGGAUUUCAAUGGUGGAAAUGUCAUGGAUCCCAAUGAGUUACUUAUACAUGAAUGUGAUGUUCUCAUUCCUUGUGCCCUGGGUGGAGUCCUCAACAGGGAAAAUGCUGCUGCUGUAAAAGCCAAAUACAUAAUUGAAGCCGCUAAUCAUCCUACUGACCCUGAAGCAGAUAAGAUAUUCUCAGAGAAAGGAGUGCUCGUAUUGCCAGAUAUCUAUGCUAAUGCAGGUGGUGUGACCGUGAGCUACUUCGAGUGGGUUCAGAAUAUUCAAGGAUUCUUGUGGGAUGAAGAGAAGGUGAAUCUGGAGCUCAAAAGAUAUAUGAGGACUGCAUUCAAGAACAUCAAGGACAUGUGUAGAUCUCAUGAUUGCAAUCUUAGGAUGGGAGCUUUCACUUUGGGAGUGAAUCGCGUUGCCCGGGCCGCCGCCUUGCGUGGAUGGGAAGCUUAG